GGCGUCUAGUAGUCACGAACGAUCCACACUUAUGCGUCCUAGGAUCUCCAAACAAGGGAAAGCACGCAAUCCGGAAGGAGUACCCUCGACAAAGGGACGGUUUGACAUCGCCGUUGAUUUGUCUUCGCUAAGGAAAAAUAGCAAGAGGCCUUUCAAUACAAUAAGGGCGUCUAGUAGUCACGAACGAUCCACACUUAUGCGUCCUAGGAUCUCCAAACAAGGGAAAGCACGCAAUCCGGAAGGAGUACCCUCGACAAAGGGACGGUUUGACAUCGCCGUUAGAUUGCAGAACGAGGAAAUACUUACAUUUAACAUAGCCCGCCGGUUUUUUACGACAUAG